AUGCAUGCCAUGGAGAAAACUUUGGGUUGGCUGGCCGGCAUUGGGGAACCUUUGAUGAACGCCUUUGUAGGCGAUUCUCCAGAGGCUGCACCGGGCGGUAUUCCGGGACAACCCGCCGACAAUGCCACCCUCCCCCUCGGUAUCCGUGAAGUGAACGUAGUAUGCAGUGAUAUCGGCAUCGCUUCCCCGCCAGGGCAGAUGCCCACUCCAUCGGGCAGAGGGGGUUUCCCUGCCCUGCACAGCUGCCUCCCAGGGCUGAAAGGAAAGGUGCCCAGAGCCCAGGUCUACUCCCUGGAGCCCGCGCCAGCAUCCAGGUCUAUUGCUCAGAGCCAACGCCAGCAUCCAGGUCUGCCGCUUGGAGCAGGCGUCGGCGUCCAGGUCUACCACCCCAUAGGCGGUAUACCCCUGGGGGUCAUUGUUCUUUCGUCCUGGUGUCUCAUGAGGGAUUCAGUCUACUAUACCUUCUCUGUCGUUGCACUUAUUUUGUUUAUUUAUGAUGAAAAAGUUUCUUGGUGGGAGUCAGUAGUUCUAGUGACGAUGUACUUCAUCUACAUUCUCAUCAUGAAGUUCAAUGCCCCCCUACAGCAGGUCUUCGGAAGAAGGACAAAGAAUGCUACGAAUAUGGUGAAUGGAUUAGCAAACAACCCCGAGAUUGAUGACAACAGUAACUGUGAUGCUACAGUGGUAUUACUAAAGAAAGGAAACUUCCAUCAUAAAGCUUCCGUCAUCAUGGUGGAUGAGUUGCUGUCGGCCUAUCCCCACCAGCUUUCCUUCUCAGAGGCGGGGCUCCGGAUAAUGAUAACGAGUCACUUUCCGCCCCGGACCCGGCUCUCCAUGGCCAGCCGCAUGUUGAUCAAUGAGAGGCAGAGACUGAUAAACAGCAGAAUAUACACCAACGGGGAGUCAGAGGUGGCCAUCAAAGUUCCUAUCAAUAUCAAGCGCACCGUGGAGAAUGGAUCUGGGCCCAGCAACUCCGCUGACAGAAGCGCCGGCGGACCCAGGAGAGACGAGGACGCCGCCGAAGCUGGGAACGAGACAGAGAACGAGAACGAAGACAACGAAAACAACGAAAACGAUGAGGAGGAGGAGGAAGAGGAGGAGGACAGCGGCCCUUACACACCCUUUUCUCUACCAUCAGGGAAGAUUGAAGUUGCCAAGUGGCUGUUCACCUGGCCCCUGUCUUUGCUUCUGUACUUCACGGUGCCCAACUGUAAUAAGCCCUACUGGGAGAAAUGGUUCUUGGUCACUUUUGCUUCCUCCACGCUUUGGAUAGCAGCCUUUUCCUAUGUGAUGGUAUGGAUGGUCACCAUCAUUGGAUACACGUUGGGUAUUCCAGACGUGAUCAUGGGAAUCACCUUCCUGGCAGCUGGAACCAGCGUACCAGACUGUAUGGCGAGCCUUAUUGUCGCAAGACAAGGCAUGGGAGAUAUGGCUGUGUCGAACUCCAUUGGAAGCAAUGUUUUUGACAUUCUGAUCGGCCUUGGCCUUCCAUGGUCUUUACAGACCCUAGCAGUCGACUAUGGCUCCUAUAUUCAAUUGAACAGUCGGGGACUUAUCUACUCUGUGGGCUUACUCCUGGCAUCUGUUUUUUUCACUGUGUUCGGUGUUCACUUGAACAAAUGGAAGCUGGAUAAGAAGCUGGGGUGUGUGUGCCUUUUCCUGUAUGGCAUCUUCUUGUGUUUCUCCAUCCUGACAGAAUUUAAUGUUUUCACGUUUGUGAACUUGCCUAUGUGCAGAGAUCACUGAUUGUGUGGACAAGACUGCUGAGAGGCAACGCCCUUCUUUAUCUGUGCAAUAUGAAACACGGUUGACAUCUCCACGUGGUGCGUGGUGCCCCGAGAAGGCCAUAACGGACCCCCUCCUUGCUGUCCAUCGAGCCCUCUUCCUGUGUGGGUGUAGCCUCUCUCUAAACCAGCCCCUUCACACAUACACACAAAAAAAUAUCUGGAAACUUCCUGCACUGAUGUGAAGAUUUACAGACUCAGAUAUUGUGAACAGUGACUUGGAGUCUAAGCGAACUAGUUUCUCCCUGGCGCUGAGCCAGAGAAACAACUGCUACCGUUUCUUCUUCUUUUUUUAACUUAUUUGAUGGAAGACUUAUCUAAUUUAUGAAUCGAGACUAUUGCUAGGUGACAAAGAAGAGGGUACGUUUUGUUGGGUGCUUUUUCGAGGAAAACAGAAGGAAUCUGUUUCGUUCUUUCCCCCCCAGAGGUCAAACAAACUCUCCUGCAACUUCCUUAAUCCUAAGUGUUCCAUUUCAGGGGAAGAUUCAAAAGACUGAAAUGAUGAUAUGGAAACUCAGUUCCAGGUACCCGGUAUUGGAGUGGAUAUUGUGUUUGUGGAAAGAAAACUUGGAAGAUCAGUGCACAAAAUGGCUUCCUUACAGGAAACAAAAUCUUAGAGGGAUUCAAGAGAAACCCUCAGUGAAGGCAGUCUAUACAUGUGAAUACUACUGCUGCUUUAUUCUUACAAUCAGGAUUUGGUUGCUAAGCUGUUUGUGGUAUUUCCAAGCAAUAGUUUUCAUCUUACCAGCCCUGGAAUACUUAGGAGGUGGAGCCCUGGUUUUUAACAUUCAGUAACAUUUGGUAAUGCAAGGUUGCAUUCAGAGCCUGAAUUGACCUCUUGUGGUUUCUUAAAUAUUAAUAACUUCUGUAGCACUUUUAGUUUGGAAAAGUGCUUUACGACCCUGACCUCCUUUGCCCUGAGAAGAAUCUUGCGAAAUUAAGUCACUCAUAUUCCCAUGUUUCCAGUGGGUGAACUGAGAGUGAAUGUAUGCCCAAGGUCAUGCCCAAGGUUAAUGACUGAGGAAAUCCAUGUCUGAGCGCUAGGCUUUGAGUCAAAGUGUGUUCAGGUCCACACAGAAACUCCCAUCAACUGGACAACGUGGCUUCUCGGUGUACUGGGAACUGAGAAAUGGGGGAAGGGUCUGUAAAGUUACUUUAUUUUUAAAGCAUUAGUUGUAGACACUGGUUUCUGAAUGGCAUAUUUUGCACAGAUAUUAUUAUGGAUGUUAUCAUUUGCCACUCUGCAAAGGAUACACUGGACUUGGAUAGGGAUUUUUCCCCCCCUCGUACAGCCAAAAGUGGGCACAAGACACUAAGAAGGUCAUCCUCACAAGCCACAUUUCAAGAAAUCUUCCUGAUGUGUUGUGCUGUUACAAAAAUUGCUGAUCAUUUAUCCCAUGUUCUUCUGGAGGUUGUGACAGCUUGGAGAAACGGCACAUUACGAAUACAGUCUACUGGCCUUUUCCGCACAAGUUUCUUAAAACAUUUCGAGAACACUUAAAAACAAAACCCUUUACGAUGAUGUCCCUCCACACUUCCCUCUUGCAAAUAUUUGACUUUUGUGUUAUGCCGUAGCUUUGUUAUUUUGUUGAUGUCCAAAAACAAAACAAGGGGGAAAGUUGAGACAGCACAGGGACUUGGGAAACAGUGGGUUCAUCAGGAAAUGAUGUUUGCAUUUUGCCUUUGGGGAAAUUAGCUCUGAGCAGAAAGAGCGGGAGGGAGCGGCAAGGCAACUAAACUGAGCAAAGAUAAGAAGGAACGAGGGAGGGAGGGCGGUGUUUUGUUUUUGUAAGAGGAAGGUUUUAGAAACAAAGAUGUUCUCCUCAGAACGGAGGCUGCAGGAAAUAAGCUGAGCUGUAAGAGUCCAAAGGGGGACAACAGAGUAGGAGAAAUAAAACAUUGCAUAUUUGACCACACAGCAAGGGAAGAUGUUUUGAAAACAUUUCAGAGAAAAGCAUCGUUGUAAAAGGAGUUUCAUAUAAAACAUUUUCAGGCUGGAAAUAAAAUGUUUUUGAAACCAAAGGGGGGGGGGGACCAGUGCGAACUCCAUGGAGGAAACAUUUUAUUUCCUGCCUGAAAAUGUUUUAAAAUAUUUGUGCGGAAAGAGCCAUUGAGUAACUGAAGUGGUUGUGAAAGAUUUGCUAUGCAGUGUCCUGUGCCCCCCACCCCAUGAUUCUUGGCAUAGUUUUGCCCUGAUAAUUUUGCAAACACAACACGUUUUGGGAGAGUCGCCGGCCUAUUAUGCGCUUGCAGUCUGCCCUGCGGUGAGCGUACAUUCCUUUCAGGGCAGAUUCUUGGUUGCGCACACAUUUCCCCCUCCUCAUCUGGAACUCGCUGCGAUGCAGAUCAGAGAAGCCCCUGCCGCUUCCAAAACCUCUUUUAGGCUCAUUCCGCACAUGCAGAAUAAUGCACUUUCAAACUGCUUUCAGUGCUCUUUGAAGCUGUGCGGAAUGGCAAAAUGCACUUGCAAACAGUUGUGAAAGUGGUUUGAAAACGCAUUGUUUUGCGUGUGCGGAAGGGGCCUUAGUGUGAUUUCUUCCACUGUCUUCACCAAAAAAGCAAAGAUCUGUUGCAUGUGCUCAGCCUGCUGUGGUUUUGCUCACCCCUCCUGCCUUUCCUCACCUACCUAACAGCAGUUCCUCCCACACUCGGCAGCAGAGUGGCCCAAAGAGGUUUUUCUAAGAGGAAAAAAAGUGGCGGGUGGCAAGACAAGUGGCAGGUAAGGGAAAUGGCAGGUAACUUGGCUUGGGUAGGCUUCACAGUGGGAGAAUCUCCAAUUAGCACUGAAAACUGCAGGAAAAGCCCACUGCAAAGAAAAGAGCCACGGGGUAAGCCCUGCAACCAUAAUAGGCCACUGAUCAGUAUCCCGUUUCUACCAUUAUCUAAAUCAUGGGAUCGUGGCGGUCUCCAUUAUAUUUAAGAACCAGGUAUUUCUGCUUUACUUGUGUGUAUAUUUUUUGGAUGUGUAACCAUUAAUUUCCAGCAAGGUAAAAUAUCUGAGGUAUUUUUUUUUCAUAUCUAGAUUAGCAACAAAGGUCUUUAUUAGCACAGAGCCGAUAAGCCUGAAGUGUUGGGGAUGAAAGCAGAUUUCUGAGGGAAAAAUCUUAUCCACCCACCAGUUUUGCACUUUUAAGUUUGAUUACUUAUAAAAUUAAUUUCCUUUGGGUAAACAGCGUGAAAUAAAACUUUCCGGUCUGUCACCUCC